AGAGCUGCAGAAGAAAGAGGGAAAGAGAAGAGAACAAACUUGCACCAUGAGCAAUCCCAACUACGAAAAGGUCCAAGGCACCACCGCUGAUAUGUCGAAUCCACCCCCCUACGCUGAAAAAGAAGACUUCAGAGAACCCGAUCCACUGCAACCUCCUCAGGGGCCAGCAAACCCCAAGGACUAUGGCGGCGUUCCCCCUAUGCCACCCCAGUACCAACCCUAUCCUGACCCAGCUGGUGCAGGGCUCAACCAAGGUCCAAUCCUCCAGCCUCCGCAGGCCGUCUACAUCACUCCCGUCCAGCCCACCAAUGAACCUGACUAUCUGGGCUACUCCAUCUUCACCAUGCUUUGCUGUUGCCUACCUCUGGGUAUCGCUGCCUUGGUUUACUCUAUACAGACCCGAGAAUCCAAUCACAUGGGAAACCUUGCAUCUGCUCAACGAAACUCCCGUAUGGCACGCAUCUUGGCCCAUACAGCGCUGGGAGUGGGGCUGUGCAUCACAGUUCUGUAUGCUAUCUACCUUGGAGUACUUCUCUCAGCACGCUAAGUGACAGCCUCUCCGCCAGCAAAGAGUUCCUGAGAAUGUGAUGUUUGCAUUUGUGAUGGCUCAGCUACUUUGAGUAAUAUACACCUUCCCUGGGAUCCACCGUAGGAUGCACAAAUCUCUUAAAUCAAAACGUCCAAAAAGAUACAAACGGAUUGGCAUGUGAUGGCUGGACAAUGCUGAUACAGGCAGCCAGGCUGAUCAAAUUAUACUCCUCUUGCCAAAAAUAACCCAACUUGAUCCAUUUCUUUGCAUUCAAACAGGGUUAGAUUACCUCCUCCAGUUGCAUCACUUUGCAGUGUCUGUUCUAUUGCCCCAAUGCUCUUACUAUUCCAGAGUCCGCCUCUGGAUGGCUUCCUUUUUUGACAUUCCUACCUAAACCUCCCAAUUUUACUUGAUCAACUGCCUGUCCUCUCCAACCCUUCACAGAAUAAAACCAGACAUACACAGGUGAAACUACCUUAUUUUCCAGCGGUCUUGAAAUUAUCCAUCAAUGCUUGAACCCCAACAGCAGUCUGGGCACUUGCAGUCUUUUCCCUACAAUGAGAUGUAUAUUUAUUUAAAUGAUUUGUUUUGUAACGCAUAUUUCCAUGAAUAAACUGAUACGCAAAAACAUUA